AUGGCCGGAGCGUCGGACCUUGUCGCGCUUGCGCAGGAAUACGGCGUGCACGAACGCGAGGCGAGCCCUGUGGCAGCACUGGACGCGAUUGCAGAUGAAUUGCGGAGUAGCAGGCUUCGCACAGAGCUAGGCAAGACGCAGCUGGCGUCGCUCUGCGUCGAAGUACUGACCGACCACGCGACGUCGACGGCGGCGUUGCGUGUGCUCGCCAACUUGUGCAUUGACCACGAGGCGAAUCGCAAACAUCUCCUUGAGCUGGGCGCGGUCCCGGCGGUGCUGGGCGCAUUGCCAGCAGCCAGCGCAUCGCUGACGCAGGCCGACCGUCAAAGGGCCCUCACGGCGCUCGGCGCGCUGCUCAAUAUUCAGAUGGACUAUGCGCCUGCAAAGAAAGCGAUGCGCGAGGCUCAUGUGCCGCCAAGAGUGUGCACCCUUGCGACGUGCCCGGGACUCUAUGUGUUCGGCGCAUGGAUGCGCCAGUCGGGCGACCUGGAAACGUGGGUCGAGCACCAGACACUCGGCGCAACGGCCGCAGAGUGGGGACUGCGGCUGGUGCACGAUAUCCUCGAGGAGGAUGACGAGCAGGUAGACCAGGAAUGGAUGCCCGACGCAGUCAAGGCGCUCCUGCGCCCUCUGCAGGCGGUCUAUGCGGCGUCUGACGCGGUGAUUCCCCCAGAGACGGUUGCCACCGCCGCAGACCUCGCUGAAAACGAGCUGAGCAUGCUCGAGAGUAUCGCUGUGCUGCUGGAACGCGCCGCGCCCUCGUUCGCAUCGGCAGUCGUCACGCCGGACGACGAGCCGCUGCGCACCUUCGUCCAGAUUGUGACGCACCCGCCGCGCCUCCCUUCCGAUUGGAAAGGGCUGCUAGAGGAGGAGGAGCUGCAGCGCACCGAGGCGGUCCUGGCGCAGCUUCCUGCCGGUGCUGCGCAUGUCAUUGUCGCUGCUGCGGCCGAGGACGCAAACCUCGACAAGCUGUGCCCGUUGCAGGGUGCAUCGAUCGCCCCCAGCUGGUUCGUUGAGGCCCUGGUCGUGGCGGUGCACUCGUCCGAGGCACCGACCGCCUCGUGUGCGAUGCUUGCGCUGGGCAACUUGGCCCGAGAUGCGCCGCGCACUGAGGCGCUUGGAAGCACGCCUGGCCUCCUAGAUGGGGUGGUGCGCCACCUUGCUGCCGACAAUAUCCGCCUCGCGCACGCGGCCGUCGGCCUCUUGAAAAACCUGGCGAUUCCCGUGCCGAACAAGGCGCCGAUCGUCGCUGCGGGCGUAGUGCCGCUGCUCCUUCCCCUCUUGUCGCGCGAGCGCGACAUGGUCCAGCCGCUGCAGCACGGCGUUGUCGGCCUGCUGAAGCACCUGGCCAAUUCGGUGACUGUGCCGCUCGCCGCGCUCGGCCUGCUUGGCGCCUGGCCGAGCGCCGAGUCACCCCUCGAGGCGCUCGAGGCGCUCCGCAUGCGCACCGACCAAGUUUCGCUGCGGUUAGAAAUUGCUCGGAUCUAUGUCUCGCUCAUCCGUACGCUGUGGUCCGCGCGGGCGAACGACGUGCCGCGCCUUGCGGCCGACGCCCAAGCGUCCGAGCAGGAGCUGUCUGGGGCCCUUGAAAAGGCCCGGGCGGAUCUGCAAACCGAGCCCGUCUUUUCCGCGCUGGUCGAUCUGCUGCGUUUUGGGCGAAAAUACGCGGUGCUGGUCAGCGACAGCCUCCUUGCGCUGACCUUGGCGAGCAGCACUUCAAAAGCCGCUGCGGAAAUCGCGCUGCGAUGUGUCACGGUGCACGUCGUUGUGCCUACGGAUGUCGGGCAGGACGCGCCCUUUACGUCCGGUGUCGAGGCGCUGGUCUAUGUGCUCGAAUCGAUGCCGCCGCAGGUGGUGGGCAAUGCCUGCAGUCUGCUUCAAAUUUUGUCGCUCGCCCCCACCAGCGACGAUCGCAGAGUCUUGGCGCAGGCCGUGCAGAUCCCCCUUGAACAGUGCGAAGCGCGGGUGCAGCAGGACGUGGGCCGGGUGGUGGCGCGUGCACGCGAUCUACUUACGCCCAGCGCGGCAGCGUCAGCGCCGUCAACCUAA